GAAGACAAUAGGCAAUUGCGUGGUGAGAAGUACUCCUUUUUUCUUUCUUUCUUUUUUUGAUUCAUAGUGGUUAGAAGUCCUUUCUAAGUUUGUGUUCCAGCUAGCAAACAAGAAAGAUAUUGUAAACACCACAGAAACAGCAAAAAAAUGUUCACAUACAUUGAAAAUACGGAAUUAGAGUAGAACAAAGCUUCGCAUUAUGGUAAUUGCAACAGCAUGAUCUCAAUUGAUUUAAAAUAAAACUUAAGGAUUGAAUUGAAGCAAAAGAGGCAUUAACCACCUCACACCAACUAAAACAAAAUGCAAUUUGAAAUUUUCAUUUUUCCAGUCUUGUAUAAUUUUGUAUCAUUAGAGUAGGACUUACGUAGCAACAUGAUAGCUCAUGAUAAUUUGAGCACAUCCAAAUCAAAGCCAAAUCAAUUUGUUGAUUAACUAAAUUCUUUAAACUCUAAACAUCAAAGAAAUUUCACAACUAAAACAAAAAAUGAUUUAAACAUACUCAUUAUCUCAAAAUUAGUUGAUGGACAUUCCAUUAGGCUGUAACUAGGCUGAUAUAUAACAAGAGAAGCAUUUUGACUCCUGUUUAACCAUGAAACCUAGAAAUCCAUCACUUUCAAGAGUUUCAAACAGUUGCAGAAAUUUGAAGAGCUCCCAAGAAAUCACUAGAAACAAUGCAAGUUUUGGCAAAAACCAUUGCAAGAUGUUUAAAUUAGGUGAAUGUGGAAUAAUUUGCCAGCAACUUCUUGAAACUACAAAUCAUAGAUAAAACAAAUAUUUUUGGGUAAAUUGCAAAAUACACACCUGUGGUUUGGGCCAAUCUCAAUUCGGUGCCUAAGAUUUCAAUUUGGACAGUUUAGUCCCUUAAUUUUUAAAUAGUGUCAAUGUAGUUCAACAGUCAUGCCAUUAGCGAUUUGAAUGGAAAAUGCCCAUGUGAGCCACAAGUGCAUUUUGCAAUGGCAUUCUAGAUAAUUGCCCAUUUCCUUUAUGUAAUACCCAAUCCAUUUAAUCUUAUUUAGGUUGACCUAAUUGCAUUUAUAUAUAUACAGAUUCAUAUGCAUGACCUUCUCUCCUUUAUUCCUCUCUAUGUCCACCACUUCUUUGUUUAUCUAAUAAUGGUAGCUACGACCACCAUUCCAUAAUCCUCUCACCCUUAAACCCCCCUAUCUACUCCACCUCUCUCUUGAAACAAAACCCUCCUUCAACGGCUCUAACACCACCACCACCCAAUGCCAAACCAUACUUCAUUUCACUACCCAGCCUCUCUCAACACACUAGUCGGAAUGGCUCACCAUACAUCUACAUAUAUAUACCUAUUGAAAUUUGGAACAAUCCAUGAUAAACCCUAAUUUAGUCCUGUUAGAAUUUAUCUUCACCUACACCACUACCACCUCACCUACUCCACUAAACCUAACCCACUACACCACUACCACCUCCACUUCACCUACACCACUACCACCUCCACUUCACCUACUACACCUAUAUCUCCUAUAUAAGGAGCCUCUCACAUUUGUACUAGAAAAACAAUCAAUCUACCAAUAAUACAUUAUAUUUUAACAUGGUAUCAGAGCUAUAGGUUAAGCUCUUGAUAUUCUUCGCCUUCCGGCGGGCGGCAACUUUGCCUUGACCGCCCGCCGGACCUCAACCAAUUUGAGACCUCCAAAAGAAGAAUAUAGUGUACCUUUACUUACUCUUCCACAGACCCAGCUGAUUAGUCACCUUGCUUCAGAAUACCCUCCUGCUGUGCAAGCGUCUUUCCAGUCUGAUGCUUCUGGACUCAGCUUGGAAAAGAUGCAAACUACUCAGGUCCAGAGGUACCAACGCGGUCCACGGGUUGCCGGACUUCCAGUUCGAAACCAUCCCCAAUGGCCUCCCUCCUUCAGAAGCCGACUCCACCCAAGACAUCCCUCCUCUCUCCUUUCACCCCAUUUCACUUCAUACCCUUCCCAUCAUCAACUUCAAUUAGCCCGAUCGAGCCUCACAAAAACAUACCCACACACAAACGUAUAUACACCCACUUAUAGAGAGAGAGAGAGAGAGAGAUGUCGGACUGGGGCCCGGUGUUCGUGGCGGUGGUACUCUUCGUCCUGCUAUCGCCGGGGCUGUUGUUUCAAGUCCCGGGGCGGAGCAGAUCCGUUGAAUUCGGCAACUUCCACACCAGUGGUGCGUCCAUACUCAUCCACACCCUGCUCUACUUCACUCUCAAAGCUGCUCAAGAGUUUAGUGUCCCUGCAAUACUCUUCUGGACACUCAGUGCUUUUUGUGGGUUCUUGGCUUGUGGCAGAACACUUUAACAGAGGGUUUGAUCAACAAUGGUUGUCACUAACAUUCUCAAAGGCAAUAUUUCUUGGCAAUGGUCUAGUUGCUAUUGUCGCUGGGUUGUUCGGAAACCUGCUAGUUGAUAGCUUGAAUCUUGGGCCUGUAGCACCUUUUGAUGCUGCUGCGUGCUUUCUCGC